UAUAACAUGAACAUCUUCCCUCUGCGUCCAAAUCAAAUGAGCAAGCUAGCUGUUUCUCUGCCUCACUGAUAAGAGAAACGUAAAGCUUUCAGUUUUUGUCAAGACAACUGCACAUAUCUAUAUAUAUAUAUAUAUAUAUAUAUGGGCUCAUAGUCUUCCAGAUUUGGUAACAUAAACGAAAAAAAAUGGGAAAUUGCAAUGCAAUUGAUCAUGGUGGUAGAAGAAGAUCCAAAUUCCUGAGAAAGCAAAUGGACUCUACCAUGAGUAACCAUGUUGCUACGCAUGAUGGAAUAAAAACAGUGGAGGUGGAUCAUCGCUGCGAUUUCUCAAGAAAUUCUGAUCUUUGCAUCAGCAUAGUCACCUGGAACAUGAAUGGAAAGGUCUCAUAUCAAGAUUUAGUGGAGCUUGUUGGCAGCAAUCGAAAGUUUGAUCUACUUGUUGUGGGUUUCCAAGAGGUACCUCGCAAAAACAUUGCACGAUUACUGCAGGCAGUCCUUUUGGAUACUCACAUACUGCAAGGAAAAGUCAUCAUGCAAUCUCUUCAGCUUUAUGUAUUUGGACCGUUGAACUCAGGAUUAUUUAUCAAAGAAAUGAAAGUGGAUAAGCAUUCUGUUGGAGGCCUUGGAGGAUUAAUUAGGAGAACAAAAGGUGCUGUAGCGAUCUACAUCAGCUACAAAGGAAUAAGAAUGGUUUUCAUUGCUUGCCACCUUUCUGCUCAUGCUCGAAAUGUGGAGGAGAGAAACUCCCAAUGUAGACACAUAUCCCAUAACCUUUUCUCCAGGACUUGGAACCCUUAUGCUAGACCUGCCCAAGUCACUGUAUGGUUAGGAGAUCUCAACUACAGAAUACAGGGAAUAGAUACACAUCCUGCUAGAAAUCUAAUACAAGAAGACCUUCAAAGACUUCUCACUAGCAAAGAUCAGCUCUUACGAGAAGCAGAAAGAGGACAGGUCUUUAACGGAUACUGCGAGGGGACAUUGACAUUUAAACCAACUUAUAAAUACAACGUUGGAAGCAGCAAUUACGAUACAAGUUACAAGGUGCGGGUGCCAUCAUGGACAGAUAGGAUACUGUUCAAGAUAGAAGAUGUAGACAAAAUCAGUGCAAAUUUACAUUGUUACGAGUCCAUUGACGAUAUUCACAGCUCUGAUCACAAGCCAGUAAAAGCUCACCUCUGCUUGAAAGUUGAUGAACAAUCACCACCUGCUUAACUUUGAUAAUUACUUUAGUAGAUUGACCUAAUUCUUCCUUGUAAAGAAAGUUACACUAAUGUCAUGUGGAUUCCAUAUAUAUAUACGUAGCUAGCUAGCUUAAUUAACCUUUCUUUUUCAAGUGUACAUGUUUCUGUCUAAUUCGGCAAUUUUAGGAUAUUACUAGUAAAAA